AUGACGGAGAAAAAGGAAGAAAAAAAGGACGACCCCCGUCUGGAUUACAUUUUCGAGUAUUUGAAAUGCUCGAGUGGUUUGAAACCCGACAAAUGGAGCAAAAUGAUCAAUACUCAAGACUCCAAAGAUCUGAUCCUCAAAUUUUUCAACACACCGACAGAAAAUAUGCUAACUAUGCAAGUGUCUUCAGCGGGAGUACUCAUUCCUGCCCUGGGAAUACAACCAGGCGCCAAAGUCAAGACGUCCUACUUUGCCAGACGACAGCCGGUUAAUAUUACAGAAGUUAAUUACAGGGAGAUGCUCAUCCCAGGUGAUAUGUCUCCCAAACCAAUUGAGGAUUUUGCUGUGCUCAUGGAAGAGGUUUAUACACCGAUGCUCACUAAUUCUGAAAAUCAAGGGAGAUGGCCGCCUUUUAUAAGGAAAGAUGUGAAGAAACAUGUGCACAAUAUGAAAAAUUGUAUAUAUGAGCUUCAAGGAAAUAUGAGGGGAGAGACGUUCUUAUCAAUGCCAAUAGGAAUUGAAAAACUUUUUCAAGUUGAGAAUUUAACGAGUGAUCGGGUGGAUUAUGAGUUGAAGUCCAACAUCGAGGACACUAUCGCCAAAUGGAGUUUUCAAAUUAAAGAAGUUUUGGGGGAAAAUAGUACGGACACUAAGAGCGGAACUCAUCCACUACCGACUGCUGAGAUAGAAUUCUGGCAUCAGAGGUUGAAGAAUAUUGAAUCCAUCUACGAGCAGAUGAAAGAUCCAAGAGUUAAGAAAAUGGUUUCCCUCCUUCAAGUGACUGAAAGCCCUUAUCUCAACAGUUUGGAAAUUUUAUUCAAGAAUAUCAUUGCGGCUGUCGUCGAAGCGAGAGACAUUUAUUUGUACUUGAGGCCGUUACAGUCGCACUUUGAGGCGAUGGAGAGUCUUGAUUUGUCGGAAUUUCAGUUGAAAAUCAAACCUCUCAUGCACUGCAUUUGUCUCGCUUGGGCUAAUUCCAGGUAUUAUUGCACUACGACGCACAUUAUUACUCUGCUGUCGGAAGUCGUUAAUCUCAUCAUCAGUCAGACUUUAAAAUUUCUGGAUCCAUCGUCGCUCUUUGAAGGCGACGCAAACGAUACUCUGAAGAAAGUCGUAUCAGUGUUGGAGCUUAUUCAGCACUUCCGAGAUGUUGUUGAACAUUGCAGAGUCAAUAUUGACAGUUAUUUCAAAGCUGAAGUGGAGCCCGUGCUCUGGACGUUUCACGAGAAACUCAUUUUUGAACGUCUCUGGAAGUACGAAACACGCUUACAGCAAAUUAAAAGUAUAUUCGAGAUUGUCCAGGACUAUAUGAAACUUGAUCGCACUGAAAUCGGUGGUUUGAAUGGGAAAUCGUUGUGUCAGGUCGUAUUCCAGAUAUAUGAUGACUUUGUUAAAAGUUAUAAUGAAUUGGGAGCCGUUCAGGAUAAUAUUCUGCUCCCGGAGAAUGAGGAGUUUACAGCGACUAUCGAGGAUUUUUUAGAAAAGAUAAGUGACUACGAUCGCAAACUGGCGACGGUAUUCCACAAAUCAUUCACGGAAUGCUACAAUAUUCAAAGCAUAAUAAAAUUCAUCUGGCAGAUUGGUUCAAUCGCCCUGAGACCAAUCCUCCAGUCCCAGCUGCUGAAUCAUUACGAGGAGCUAUUAUCAAAAAUCCACGAGUGUCUAGACAACGUAAAGGUUCUAUUUGACCGAGGAACUAGAAUGAAGCAGGAAACGCGGUACAUGCCGGUGGAUCAAUAUUUUCCACCAGUAGCUGGAGCUUUAUGUUGGCUGAUGAAGUUGAAGCGUCGCACUAAUUAUCCUGUAGAGUCCAUAAAGUUGAUAGAUCACCCACUACUCGUCAGUCAAUCAGCACGCGAGAUAACUGCCAAGUACGAGGAACUUCAGACCAUUAUGAACAACGCGGAGGACGAGAUAUUCUCGGAGUGGUCGGAGCGAGUGCCCGCAAUUUGCGAGGAAAAUCUCACCAAGACACUAUUCACUGUUAAUGAUGAUCGAUCCUUGGAAUCUAAUUUUGAUCCUCAGCUCGAUGCCAUUCUCAGAGAAACUAAAUACAUGUACAUAAUGCAGAAGAGCGAGCUGCCCCAGGCUGCUGUCGAUCUGUUCGAUAGGACGCAAUUUUUCUUUGAAAAUAAUUAUGACAUCGGUCUCAUCACGACGUGGUACAAUGAAGUUAAGACAAAAAGUUCGAGGGUUGAGAUGGAGCUGUUGGAGGAGGAGCUGGAGGUGAUCGAUGGGAUGAUUGACGAUGGCCAGAUCAAUUACAAUUGGAAUUCACCGGAAACUCCGGAUUACGUGAAGGAGCUGUUGAAUUCCGUGCGGAACUUGCAUUCACGGGUUAUUAGGGCACAGGAGAAUGUUGAAAAAUUGAUGAAGAUGAUGUACGAGUGGGCUAUGGCUCCGGUGCUCACGCGGAAAGACGGGAAACCGGAGAAUUUGCUAGCUAUUGGGGAGCGGGAGGCCAGGUUCGAUAAGAGAUAUCAGGACAUUCAAGCGUUUGGGGAGGAAGUUGUCAGGGUUUUGGAGGAGAAUUAUAAGCUUUAUUUUGACCUGAUGCCGGAGGAGUUUUAUGCCAGGGAGGAGUCUGAUGGGGCUGCCUCAGAGCUGGAGGCCGACGACGAGACUGACGUAGACGCCGGCUUUGGCGAAGGUGAUGAUGGAGAAACAGAAACGCUUCCAGUGAACGUGGAAAUGACCCCGUCAGAGGAACUGAGAAAGCGGGAGAAAGAUGAAAAAGAAAUGGAACUUGAAGCACCACGACAGGUCAAGUGGAAACCUUACCUUGCUUAUAUUGAUCAGUUGGUAUCUCAGGGCUUAGUGCAAGCAGUCUCGACGAGUAUCUGCUACAUCCUGGACGACACAGACCCCGAAGCCCCAAUCUCUCCGCUCUUCGAAUUGCAGCUUUCCUUGGACCCCCCGGAUAUUGUUUUUCGUACCCCAGCGCAAAUAAACGAUCCAAAAGGAUUCUACCUAUUUUACGAGGAUUUGAUGUUCGAUAUGAUGAAAAUGGGAACAUUAAUUCCUCGUUUAGACCCGGAGAAGGUGUUGGAACGAGAAAAUUAUGGGAUCGAUCUGACGGAGGAUUCGAGGAUAGUAUUUAUGCUGGAGGAGACUUGUAACAGAGUUAAGCAGGCGCUGGUUCAGGCCCAAGAGUACGGGCAGACGUACGAGCAGUAUUGUUGGCUGUGGCUGGACGACAGACAGGAGUAUCUGAAUAAUUUCCUGCGUUUCGCGAAAAGCCUCAGUGACGAAGAGAAAGAAUUAGCGAGUCAAUCCCCCGAGAAUUUUCCCGAAACCCUCAAGGAGAAAAGGCCAGAAUUAUCCGACUUCAAGAGAGAAAUUGAUUACUUCAUGGACUACUACAAGAAAUGCGAUGAAAUUGAGAAUGAGAAGAUACUGUUCAAGUGGCUGAGGAUCGAUACAAAACCGUUUAAACAAGCUUUAUUGAAUAUAAUCUGCAAGUGGGCGUACGUUCUAAAAAUGCAUCUCGUGAACUCGGUGAAUACGAGUUUAAUGGAGUUGGCGGAUUUUCUGCAUGCUGCUAGUGAUCGAUUUACACAGCCCGUUCUGGAGGACGAUUACGAUGGGCUACUGCAGACAAUAUAUUAUUUGAAGGAAGUGAGGGAUAGGCAGUAUAAAAUUGAUGACAUGUUCGGUCCACUCAAGGAGACCAUCAAUCUACUUAGCGACUAUCAAGUAGAAUUCGAGGAUGAGACAUUCAAUUGGUUGACGACAUUACCGGAAUUGUGGACGAAUGUAAAGAAGUUGGCCGCGCAGAUGAAGCAAGUGGUCUCCCCACUCCUCGACCAUCAAGUGGAUCUCGUGAAGAAACGACUGAAUUUUUUCGACUACCGGCAGCAACAGUACCUCAAUAAAUUCCGCCGGAAUGAGUUAUUCAAUUCUGGCUGCAAAGAUGUUUAUGAGAAACUCGAUUCCGUAAAUUCCGAGAUUUCAAUGCUCGAGGAUGAAUUAAAAACGUUGACGGAAACCACUCAGAUAUUCGAGCUACCGGGCCAAGAGUUCAAAAGCAUUAAAGAGGCACGUCGAGAAUUGAAGCUAUUGAAAUGCCUGUGGGACUAUGUCAUCGUCAUUGAAACGAGUUUGGAUGAAUGGAAAAUGACGUUGUGGAAGAAGAUGGAUGUCGAGGGGAUGGAUCAGGAGUGCAAAAAGUUAACGCGCGAAUUGAGACUGUUGGAUAAAGACAGUAGAAGUUGGGAAUUGUACGGUUAUAUCGAGAGCCAAGUUAGAAAUAUGAUGUCGUCAUUGAGAGCUGUAUCGGAACUACAGAAUCCUGCGAUUAGGGAACGGCACUGGCAGCAGCUGAUGGCUGAGACACAUGUGAAAUUCACGAUGGACGACAGGACGACUCUGGAUGAUCUCCUGAAACUUGAGCUCCAUAAGUACGAAGAGGAAGUUAAAAAUACUGUUGACAAAGCAGUCAAAGAGAUGGCAAUGGAGAAAACCCUGAGAGAAUUGACGAACACUUGGACCAGCCUCGAGUUCAGCAAAGAGUAUCAUGAGAGAACGAAAUUGAAUCUUUUGAAAAUUGAUGAAGAAACUGUUGAAAUAUUGGAAGACCAUCAAGUGCAAUUGCAAAAUAUGUUGGGCUCAAGAUUCGUCGGUUACUUCAUAACUACAGUAACAGAUUGGCAGCACAAGCUGAGCAACGCCGAUGCCGUAAUCAAUAUCUGGUUUGAAGUGCAACGUGCUUGGAUGCACCUAGAAAGUAUUUUCAUUGGAUCCGAGGACAUACGAAAUCAACUCCCCGAGGAUUCCAAACGUUUCGAGAAGAUAGAUCGUGAUUUCAAAGAUAUACUCAAGGAGAUGCUGGCAACACCGAAUAUCGUUAAGGCUACCAAUAAGCCGAAUCUCCUGGAGAAGCUGGAGGAGCUGCAGAGACAAUUGAAUCUUUGCGAAAAGGCACUAUCGAAUUAUUUGGAUACUAAGAGAUUAGCUUACCCCAGAUUUUACUUCAUAUCCCCUGCAGAUCUCUUGGAUAUUCUCAGCAAUGGAAAUAAUCCCGAAUUAGUCUGCAAACACCUAUCCAAAUUAUACGACUCCAUCGCAAAUUUAAAAUGGAAAAUAGAGAGUGGAAAAUCCUCAAGGAUCGCCAACGUAAUGAUCGCGAAAGAUGGCGAGGAAAUGGAUAUGUAUGGAGCCUGCGACUGUAGUGGAAAAGUGGAGGUAUGGUUGAAUCGUGUUACUGAUGCUAUGCGAAGAAGUGUACGUUAUCACUUUAGCCAAGCUGUUGCCACGUACGAUGAAAAACCUCGUGAACUUUGGAUAAUGGAUUAUCAAGCACAGCCAGCACUCUGUGGUACACAAAUUUGGUGGACCACUGAGGUGAAUAUGGCUUUCGCAAGAUUAGAGGAGGGCUUUGAAAACUCGCUGAAAGAUUACCAGAAGAAGCAGAUUAAUCAACUCAAUGUGCUCAUUACUAUUCUCUGUGGGGAAUUGAGUGAGAAUGAUAGGCAAAAAAUUAUGACGAUAUGCACUAUUGAUGUGCAUGCCAGGGACGUUGUGGCUAAGUUGAUUUCGAUGAGGGCGGAGAGCUCCUCGAGCUUUCAGUGGCAGUCACAACUCAGGCACAGAUGGGACGAUAAACUUGGCGACUGUUUUGCCAAUAUCUGCGACGCAAGUUUUGCAUACGCCUACGAGUACUUAGGGAAUGUUCCACGUUUAGUAAUAACACCGCUGACAGACAGAUGUUACAUCACCCUCACUCAAUCCUUGCAUUUAGUAAUGGGUGGAGCGCCAGCAGGGCCCGCCGGAACAGGGAAAACAGAGACUACCAAAGAUUUGGGGCGUGCGCUGGGUCAAAUGGUUUAUGUAUUCAACUGCUCGGAGCAAAUGGAUUACAAAUCCUGCGGAAACAUUUACAAGGGCCUCGCGCAAACUGGCGCGUGGGGAUGCUUCGACGAGUUCAACAGGAUAUCGGUGGAAGUAUUGUCUGUUGUUGCUGUGCAAGUCAAGUGCGUGCUCGAUGGAAUUAAAAGCCGAAAGAGAAAAUUUUUGUUUUUUGCGGAGGAAUUGAAUAUUGUUAAUACCGUUGGAAUGUUCAUUACGAUGAAUCCGGGGUAUGCUGGGCGAACGGAAUUGCCGGAGAAUUUGAAAACUUUAUUCAGACCGUGCGCCAUGGUCGUCCCAGACUUCGAAUUGAUCUGCGAAAUAAUGCUGGUGGCUGAGGGAUUCCAGGAGGCACGCUUAUUGGCUCGAAAAUUCAUCACGCUUUACACCCUGUGUCGUGAACUACUGUCGAAGCAAGACCAUUACGACUGGGGACUGAGGGCAAUCAAGUCUGUUCUCGUUGUUGCUGGAAAAUUGAAACGUGGCGAUCGCCAUCGUCCCGAGGAUCAAGUUCUAAUGAGAGCUCUCAGGGAUUUUAAUACUCCAAAAAUUGUUACUGACGAUACGCCUGUCUUCAUGGGACUCAUUGGGGAUCUGUUCCCAGCGCUCGAUGUACCGCGCAAGAGGGAUCUUGAUUUUGAAAAAAUGAUUCGGGGAGCCGCUGUCGAUUUGAAGAUGCAGCCGGAGGAUGGCUUUGUUUUAAAAGUUGUCCAAUUGGAAGAGCUUUUCAACGUGAGGCAUUCUGUCUUCAUAGUAGGUUUCGCUGGAACCGGUAAAACUCAAGUCUGGAAAACCCUCUUCCGGACGUAUAUGAAUCAGAAACGAAAGCCCUACUACAAUGACCUCAAUCCAAAAGCCGUCACCAAUGACGAGCUCUUUGGAAUCAUCAACCCCGCGACUAGAGAAUGGAAGGAUGGAUUAUUCUCGGUGCUAAUGAGAGACCAAGCGAAUAUGACUGGCGACGGACCAAAGUGGAUAGUCUUUGAUGGAGAUAUUGAUCCAAUGUGGAUAGAGUCCCUCAAUACAGUGAUGGACGACAAUAAAGUUUUGACUCUAGCCAGCAACGAGAGAAUAGCCCUGACUAAACACAUGAGACUACUCUUUGAAAUUUCGAACCUGAGAACAGCCACUCCCGCAACAGUUUCCAGGGCCGGAAUCCUCUACAUUAAUCCCCAGGACUUGGGAUGGAAUCCGUACGUAACAAGCUGGAUUGACACUCGCGACGGAAGCGAGAGAGCGAACCUCCUGAUCCUCUUCGACAAGUACAUCCCCUCGCUCUUAGAAGCCUCAAAAAUUAAAUUCAAGAAGAUCACACCGAUCCCGGAGAUAUGCUCCAUAGAAAUGCUCUGCAAUCUACUGGAUUGUUUUCUAACCCCCGAAAAUCUACCCCCAGAGUGCCCUAAAGAGUGGUACGAACUGUACUUCUCCUUUUCCUGCAUUUGGGCAUUUGGCUCCCCAACAUUCAAGGAUCAAUUAGUUGAUUGGCGCAACGAAUUCAGCAAAUGGUGGCUCAAUGAAUUCAAAACCAUCAAAUUUCCGACUAAUGGAACUGUGUUUGAUUAUUUCAUCGACAAUGAAACUAAAAAAUUUUUACCCUGGAGCGAACGCAUGGGACAAUUUGAAUUGGAUAUGGACAUUCCCCUUCAGUCAACACUGGUCCCAACGGGGGAAACUACUCGUCUACGUUUCUUUAUGGAUGUAUUAAUGAAGAAAAGAGUGCCGGUUAUGCUGGUGGGUAGCGCUGGUUCCGGAAAGAGCGUCAUAGUAAAUGAGAAACUUUCAUCUCUCCCCGACAAUUACAACAUCGCAAAUGUUCCCUUCAAUUAUUACACUACAUCCGAAAUGCUGCAACGGAUUCUUGAGAAGCAUCUCGAGAAGAAAGCAGGUCGUAAUUAUGCACCACCGGGCACGAAACAGUUGGUGUACUUUGUGGACGAUAUGAAUAUGCCGGAAGUCGAUACGUACGGUACAGUGCAACCCCAUACGCUGAUCCGCCAACACAUGGACUACAAUCAUUGGUACGACCGUGCGAAGCUCACCCUGAAGGAUAUUCACAACACUCAGUACGUAUCCUGCAUGAACCCAACCGCAGGAAGUUUUACGAUUGAUCCGCGCUUACAGCGGCACUUCGCAGUAUUCGCCGUUAGUUUCCCCGGUCGCGACGCCCUAGUAACAAUUUACAGUCAAAUGCUGCAGCAGCACUUUACAAAUCCUCUCCAAAAAAUCAAUACAAGCCUGCAAAAACUCGUGGAGCCACUCAUAAAUGCUGCCCUAUUUCUCCACGACAAAGUGACGACCAACUUUCUACCAACAGCCAUCAAGUUCCAUUACACAUUCAAUCUCCGUGAUUUGUCGAAUUUGUUCCAAGGUUACCUGUUUGCAAACGGCGAAACAAUUCCCAAUUUGAGUGCUGGAAUACGCUUGUAUGUACACGAAGCCACCAGAGUUUACUGCGACAAGUUGGUUAAUUUCGAGGACAAAAGGGCCUUUGAAGCACUCCUCCAGGAUGCAAUACGGAAGAAUAUAUCGGAACUGGAGGAGACGCCGGUGUUUGCCAAACCCAUCAUUUAUUGCCACUUUUCCGAGGGAAUGGGCGAUCCCAAAUAUAUGCCAAUCAGAGAAUGGCAGCAGUUGAUUAAAUUAUUGGAGGAAGCUGUGCUGAAUUAUAACGAGUUGGUUGCGACGAUGAAUCUAGUCAUGUUUGAGGAUGCAAUGUGUCACGUCUGCCGAAUAAAUCGUAUUCUCGAGUCACCAAGGGGUAACGCACUGUUAGUGGGUGUUGGAGGCAGUGGAAAGCAAUCUCUGUCUCGUCUGGCCUCCUUUAUUUCAAGCCUGGAGGUUUUCCAAGUGCAACUGCGUAAAGGCUACUCCAUAAACGAUCUCCGCGCCGAUCUGGCGGGUCUCUACCUAAAAGCCGGCUUGAAAAACAUCGGCAUAACAUUCCUCAUGACAGACUCCCAAGUAGCGCAAGAAAGAUUCCUGGUAGUUGUGAAUGAUAUGUUGGCCUCCGGCGAAAUCGCUGAAUUAUUUGCCGACGACGAAGUGGACAAUAUAGUGAACUCCGUCCGAAAUGAGGUCAAGCAGACGGGAAUGAUGGACACAAAAGAGAAUUGCUGGAAAUUCUUUAUCGAUCGUGUACGGAGGCAACUGAAGUGCGUGCUGUGCUUCUCACCAGUUGGCGCAACACUUCGGAAGAGAGCUAGGCAGUUUCCGGCCUUGGUCAAUUGCACGUCCAUCAACUGGUUCCAGGACUGGCCCCGAGAUGCCCUGGAAUCCGUUUCCGCGCGUUUCAUUGCGGAGUUGAAAGAGCUGCCUCGUUCAUACCGCAGAUCGGUUUCUCGUUUCAUGUCCCACGUUCACUCGAGUGUGAACGAAAUAUCCGAGAUUUACCUCCAGAAUGAGAGAAGAUACAACUACACAACCCCAAAAUCAUUCCUGGAGCAGAUAUCCCUGUACUCAAAACUAUUAACCGAGAAAAUAAACAACUCCCGUGGAAUGAUUGAACGACUGGAGAACGGAUUAACGAAACUGGCCUCUUGCGCCGAACAGGUAGACGAACUGAAAGCGAUUUUAGCUGUUCAGGAAGUUGACUUGAAGAAGAAGAACGAGAUUGCUGACAAAAUCUUGGCUGAGGUGACGGAGGAGAACACAAAAGCGGAAGUGGAGAAAGCGAUAGUUUCCGAGGAGGAAGUGAAGAUAGCUGAGAUUAAGGAGAGGGUAUCUGAGAGGCAAAAACGAUGCGAUGAGGAUUUGGCGAAAGCAGAGCCAGCUGUACGGCAAGCUGAGGCUGCAUUGGACACUCUCAAUAAAAACAACCUAACUGAACUGAAAUCCUUUGGCACACCACCGGAAGCCGUUGCAAACGUUGCACAAGCCGUACUUGUUCUCUUUUCCCCAAAGGGCAAAGUCCCGAAGGAUCGAAGUUGGAAAGCCUGCAAAGCGAUGAUGGGCGGUGCUGAUGCUUUUCUCUCAGCACUACGAAAUUACGACAAAGAGAAUAUUCAUCCGGACGUUGUGAAAGCCAUACAACCGUAUAUCAAUGAUAAAGAAUUCGAGCCCCAAUUCAUCUACUCGAAAUCUCAGGCCGCCGCUGGUCUCUGCAGUUGGGUCAAGAACAUUAUGGUCUUCCAUUAUAUCAAUGAAAGCGUUAAACCACUGAGGCAGGCGUUGGCGCAGGCUAAUGCUGAAUUGAAAACCGCCAUGGAGAAACUCACAUCGCUACAGUCUCGGUUAUCGGAAUUGCAAAAAGUAUUGGAGGUCCUGGGUGCUAAAAUGAGUACAGCACUUGGUGAGAAACAAAAGUGUCAGGACGAGGCAGAUGCAACUGCCUUGACAAUUGACCUUGCCAACAGAUUGGUCAAUGGUCUUGCGUCGGAGAAAGUUAGAUGGAUUGAAACCGUCGCCUCGCUAAAGUCGUCCAGUGUAACAAUCCCAGGGGACGUACUCGUGGUGACAGCAUUUAUAUCAUACGUCGGUUGUUUUACACGAAAAUACAGACAAGAUCUAUUGAACAUCCACUGGUUACCCUUCCUGGAUAAAUUGGAGACCCAAAUACCCCGUACUCUCGAUUUAGAUCCACUCUCUUUGUUAACCGACGACGCGCAAAUUGCACAGUGGAACAAUGACGGUCUACCAGCUGACCGAAUGUCAGCAGAAAAUGCGACAAUCCUGACGAAUUCAGCCAGAUGGCCCCUAAUGAUUGAUCCCCAAUUGCAAGGGCUCAAAUGGAUCAAAACGACUUACGGUGAGAAUUUGAAAGUUCUGAGGCUGUCGCAGCGAAAUUAUCUUGAUAGAAUAGAGUUUGCUAUAUCCAAUGGUGACGUUGUACUACUGGAGAACAUUAUGGAGGCCGUUGACGCUGUAUUGGACCCAAUCUUGGGUAGAGUGCUCAUAAAAAAAGGCCGAGCCAUCAAGAUCGGCGAUAAAGAAGUGGAUUUCAGUCCCAAGUUUCGUCUGAUCCUCCAAACUAAAUUGGCAAAUCCACAUUAUAAACCAGAGAUGCAGGCACAAACGACACUGAUAAACUUUACUGUCACCAAGGACGGCUUGGAGGAACAAUUGUUGGGUGAUGUUGUCAAGGCUGAGCGUCCAGACUUGGAAAAUACAAAGGCCGAGCUCACUAAGCAGCAAAAUACGUUCAAGAUAACACUGAAAACGUUGGAGGACGAUUUGUUACACCGUCUCUCAUCAGCUGGGCCAAAUAUUCUCAGUGACGUUGCACUGGUCGUUAAUCUCGAGACAACAAAGAAAACAGCUGCUGAGAUUGGGAUAAAAGUUGCUGAGGCCAAAGUGACUGCUGUGAAAAUCGAUGAGGCACGUGAAUGCUAUCGUCCAGCAGCAUCCAGGGCUAGCUUACUGUAUUUCAUUCUCAACGAUCUUCACAAAAUCAAUAUGCUGUAUCAGUUCUCUCUCAAGGCCUUCAGCAUUGUAUUUCAAAAUGCCAUUAAAUUUGCGGAGGAAUCGGACAAUCUUGCUAAGAGAGUUGGAUUAUUGAUCGACAGCAUCACUUAUCUCGUUUUUAUGUACACGAGUCGGGGAUUGUUCGAGAGUGAUAAACUCAUAUUUUUGUGUCAAAUGACUGUGCAGAUACUCCUGCAAACCAAUGAAAUUCAACCCGAUGAACUUGACUUCCUUCUCCGAUAUCCCUAUAAACCGAAUGUCCAGAGUCCUGUCGACUUUCUGAACAACACCAGCUGGGGUGGAAUAAAGUUUCUCAGUGGAAUAGACGAUUUCCGGAAUCUCGAUCGUGAUAUCGAGGGCGCCGCAAAACGUUGGAAAAAUUUUGUUGAGUCAGAGACUCCUGAGAGGGAAAAAUUCCCACAAGAGUGGAAGAAUAAAACGGCUUUUCAGAGAUUGUGCAUUUUGAGAUGUUUGAGGCUCGAUAGGAUGACGUAUGCGAUCAGGUGCUUCGUGGAGGAAAAAAUGAGCCCGAAAUUUGUUGAUUCACGUACGCCACCGUUUGAGAAAUCAUUUGAAGAAACAAGUGCACUAGCUCCGGUGUUCUUCAUCCUGUCGCCAGGCGUUGAUCCCUUAAAAGACGUGGAAAAAUUAGGAAAACAACUGGGCUUCACAUUCGACCGAAAGAACUUCCACAACGUAUCAUUGGGCCAAGGCCAAGAGCCAGUAGCUGAGGAAUCGAUGGACGUGUCAGCAACGGAGGGCCACUGGGUAAUACUCCAGAAUAUCCAUCUCGUGAAAAGUUGGUUGGCAAAUUUAGAGAAGAAAAUGGAACAGUUGUCCGAACACCCACACGUGGAGUAUCGUUUAUUCAUCAGUGCAGAACCCAGUCCGGAUCCCCAUGAAUCAAUAAUACCCCAGGGAAUUUUAGAGUCCGCUAUAAAGAUAACGAAUGAACCACCUACGGGUAUUCACGCAAAUAUUCACAAAGCUUUGGACAAUUUCAGUCAGGCUACUUUGGAGUCUUGCUCCAAAGAGUCGGAAUUCAAAGGUAUUCUCUUUGCUCUGUGUUAUUAUCAUGCUGUCGUUGCGGAGAGACGAAAAUUCGGACCUCAGGGCUGGAAUCGAAUCUACCCAUUCAACGUCGGCGACCUCACAAUCAGUGUCUCCGUCCUCCACAACUACCUCGAGAGCACCACGAAAGUACCGUGGGAGGACCUCCGCUACCUAUUCGGUGAAAUAAUGUACGGUGGACACAUAACAGACGACUGGGAUCGUCGUCUCUGUCGAACAUAUUUGCUCGAGUAUCUUCAGCCCGAUCUUAUCGACGGCGAUCUCUAUAUCGCUCCGGGUUUCUUAGCGCCACAAAAUACCAAUUAUGCUGCUUAUCACCAGUAUGUAGAUGACUAUCUCCCGCCCGAAAGCCCAAUACUCUACGGUCUCCAUCCUAAUGCCGAAAUCGGUUUUCUCACUGCGACGGCUGAGAAUUUGUUCAAAGUCGUUUUAGAGAUGCAGCCGAGAGACGCUGGCGAGGCAUCCGGUGGUGGUUUUUCAAGGGAGGACAAGGUCAAAGGGAUAAUUGAGGACCUAGCCGACAAACUUCCUGAGGAAUUCAAUAUCCAGGAGUUCAUGAGCAAAGUCGACGACUUGACACCAUUCACGAUAGUGGCUUUUCAGGAGUGCGAAAGAAUGAAUAUACUGUGCAACGAAUUGAAACGAUCGCUCCACGAAUUGAAUCUCGGAUUGAAGGGAGAACUAACGAUCAAUGCCGACAUGGAGGACCUGCAGAACUACUUAUUUAUGGAUAAUGUGCCUCCCUCAUGGACGAAACGUGCUUAUCCCUCGAGUCUGGGCUUGACUGGUUGGUUUGUUGACCUGCUAAACAGAAUCACCGAAUUGGCUAAUUGGACUUCGGAUUUCAAUUUGCCACCGUCGGUGUGGCUCGGGGGAUUCUUCAACCCUCAGUCGUUCUUAACUGCAAUUAUGCAGCAAACGGCGCGGAAAAAUCAAUGGCCGUUGGAUAAAAUGUGUUUGCACUGUGAAGUUACGAAAAAACAGAGGGAGGAUUUUACAGCUCCACCGCGGGAAGGUGCUUAUAUCAACAGUUUGUACAUGGAGGGGGCACGAUGGGACACACAAGUGGGGGCUAUUGCCGAGUCCAAAUUGAAGGAGUUGUUUCCGCAAGUCCCUGUGGUCUACAUCAGGGCUAUCACUCAGGACAAACAAGAACUGAGAAAUAUGUACGAGUGCCCGGUUUAUAAGACCAAGUUCCGCGGGCCAACUUAUGUCUGGACUUUUAAUUUGAAGACUAAGGAGAAAUCUACCAAGUGGACGCUUGCUGGCGUUGCUAUAUUAUUGCAAAUAUAA